CAUAACUCCCUCUGCCUUCAGUGGGGAAAGGAUAAAACCUUCAUUAAUGAAAGAUGGAGCCAAGCCCGGCACCUCAGGAAGCUGCAGCAGAGGGAAAAGUGCAUCUCCUCAGAGACAGAAAGGCUUGAGCAGCCCUGCACAGAGAGGGUCUGAGAAAGAAAACCUUAAGCACCCUUCAAAGAGGAGGGUAAACCUUAAAAAACCUCACCCCUACAGCCCUGAAAUUGUGCGGGACUUCAUGCGUCGCAAAAAGGAAGAAAGAAAGAAAAAACUCCUUGAGGAGAAAAAGUCCUUGGUGGAGGCUGCAGAGAUGAGGAAGAAGAGAUUGCAAGAGGUGUACAGGAAACAGAGAGAAGCUAUUGGGAAGAAAUUAUGUCCUGACCAGAUGCACAAGUUCAUUGGGAAAACAGCUUCGGCAACAGGAAAUCCUCAGUGUGAACUUAAGCAGGAGCAAACCAGUAGGGGAAUCCUGGAGAGGAGUUCCACGGCCUGGGUGGAUGAAGCAUCCUGUUCUCUAUUACAUAAAGAUCAUGGAGGCAGGAGUCAGCUUCUAGAAAGAACUCAAUUCCCUAAAAAAGGAGGGGCAUUAUCUCCUCCAGCACCACCGGAAUGUGAAUGCUGCUUUCUCAGUCCUCUGAGAUGUGAAGACUUGAGGGACUGCUCUCCCCCAGCUCUGCAUUCACCUCUGAGCUUUUCCCCUCCUCAGAAAGAUGCAAAACCUUCCUCCAAGGACUGGACUGCUGGACUUUCUCCUUACAGAAGCAAACAGGAGCGAGUGAAAGCCAUUCACAGUCUGACCAAGGAGCUUGAAGAAAAGAUUGACGUGGCAACCGAGAGGCUGAGUGCAGCAAGCUGGGUUAGAGACUCUGCUGACAAAGCGUGGGCACAGACAGCUCUGGACCUUUGCAGUGAGUCUUCUGUCCCAGAACUUGAGACUUCUAGGAACAAGGAAGACAGGACACUGACUGUACAGAUGCUCCUGGAUGCUGUUGAUCCCAGUGUGCUCCGUGUGUCAUCCAGCGGGGAAUUUCACGGACUGGACAGGAUUGGACUUGGGGGUAGCACUGAGGGAGCAACAGCCCUGGACAGACAGAAGGAAAUGCUCGUUCUUUUGCCUGGUGGGAGUGCUGGGAGGGAAGAAUUACCCUGGAUCACUCACAGAGCAGGACAGAGGCACCUCAGCACUGGGGGAGACCUGAGCAACACAUUGCAAGGUUUCCCUGUGAGUAAGGGCCCCGAGGUGGACAGGAGCCUAUUGCAUGAAAAGCCAAUAACCAGCCCAGCCUCUCCAGCUCACAGAUUCCUCUCUGGAAGCCCGCAGAGAGGACCCUCGGCGCAGGGGGAUCACUGUCGACGUGAGACUCUUUUGAAAGUUCAGAACCGAGAGGAAAAGCCCAACCAGUGUCCUGGAGAGAGCCUGAGGAUCCCAGACAGCCUGAGCUUCCAGCCUUGCACUGCUCUGAGCACUGGAGCUGAGACUGAUGGCUUGGAGCAGGACUUGGGUGGAGACUGUAGCUACACAGAGCUGGAACACAAACACAGGAGCCACCUGGACAUUUUGAGGCAAACCUCCCUACUGCUGGCUCACAAACUAAAGAUCCAUCAGCUCCAACAGAAACAGCAGCUUAUGGUGCUGAGGGAGAAAGCAAAGCAAGAGGUUCAGGAAAGCCAGAGGUUUUUGAGUGACUUGCUGCAGCACAGCUCUGAGGAGUGCAGGAGCUCCAGAGGCAGUGAUCCUUCUGUGCCAGGAUUGUCCCACACGGAGCAAACACGGAGAGGACACCGGUUGGAAGGUGACCACGCUGCUGGCAGUAAUCAAGAGAUGUGUUCACUGAAACAACCUGCAUUGAAGAUAGAAAGAGAUCACACUCCAGUGGAUCCCAAAAUAGUGGAAGAAAGAAAACCUCUGGGAGGAAGAGGUUCAUAUUGCUCAAUGCUGCAAGAAGGAUCCCUGGCAGCAGAUCACAGGGAGCCACUGCACAACCAUCAAACUGCGAAUCUGUUGUCACCUCUGGUGGCUCUGCCCCAUGGGGAGACCUGUGCAGGGGCCAGCUCUGGAGAGAGCAGUGACCAGGCUAGCUGUGACAGCCAGUGCAGCGCAGCCAUUCCACUCUAUGGAGGCUCCAGCACGUUCUGCCGCCUCAGCCUGGCCCUGGCGCAGCAGUGCCUGAGGGGAGAGGAGCUGCGGGCUCGACACCAGGCCACCCUCCUCCAGCUCCGCAAAAAGGCUCUGAGGGAAAAGGCCAGGGCCGAGCUGGCCUGGCUGGGCCACCAGAGACGUGUUCUGGAAAACCUGCAGGAUAGUCAUGGAGCCUCUGCCAUGGCAGCAAAACAGCGCAAAAUCCUCAUGGAGCUGAAGCAGGAGCAGGCAGAAAUCCAGCACCUGCAAAACAUCUACAGGGCAGCCCAUCAAGAAAGAAAGCUUUUGUUAAAGCAGCAAAGAGAAAUCUUAAUGAUGCAGCACUCAACAGCACAACUCCAGGAAAAGCUGCACAAUUUGUCUGGGAAGCAAGAGGUUGUGAAGUCACAGUCACUGGAUGUCCUGGUUGUGAGGAACCCAGCAACUGAAGAAGCAAUAAAGCUGAAGAAAAUGAAGCUUAUUUCUGGCCCAAAGUCCUACUCCUCUUCAACAGAAGAGUCUGCAGCCCCUCCAGAAAGGCCUGAGCUGUCAGGGAGUAAAGAGAGUUGUCUCCAGCUAAAGCAUAAAAAGAAACAGGAGGGCUUUUCUACUGAGAACAAGGGAACACUGGGACAACACCAGACACAGGCAGAGGAGUCUCCAGGUUUGGAGCAGUCCCUUAGUGUGCAAAUGUCUGGAAUGGUGGCCAAGAGAGUGUGUGGUGCUGCUGGUGAAACCACAGGCUCAGCCUUUAACCAUAAAGGCUGCAAAAACACAGAACUUAUUGCUCAGGGUAAUGUUUUAUUACCUCUGGAACAUGUAAAUUCAACUAAAAUGGAUGAACCUGUAUGUACAGCCAUUAUGAGAGAAGGCAGGAAGUGUGCACUUCAGGAGUCUGUGCUGGAGGAAAAGGCACUUCUUUCAAAGCCAAAGGUGGAUCCUAAAGGCAAUGAAGACAUUAGUCCAUGUGGCAGCAAGUUCACAGUGAAAAGCUUGGGGAUGCUUUCUACCUGGUGUAACUUAUGUAUGGUUCAGGCAGAGAAUACUCCUGAAGGAACAGUUAAAGAAGUGGAAGUGCCUGUUCCUUCUGAGAUCCAUCAGCUGGGUGACAGUCAGUGUUUGAAGAAUUUGGACCACGUUUCUCAUGAAGCUUCUGAUGAAGAACUAAAUUUAAAAGCUUUUUCUGAAGGAUUUGCUUCCACUGAAUCAUCAUCCAAGCCAAAUAAUUUCUUUUUGAAAUGUGAAAGUGCCAAAUCAGCCUCUUCACCCCCAGAAUUUCAGAAGGUGUCUGCAGUUCGGGUUGACAUCUCAGAAAGCUCCACUUCAGAUUCAGAAUUAGAGCUGAAACAUGGAGAGGACACAGAUAUCAGUGUCCCAGAAGAGUUUGUCUGUGACAGUGGUGAUGUGUUUCCUGACCUUUCAAAAGAGGUGCCAAUAGCAAUAAGUAAUGGAAAGGAAACAUCACCUACUGAUGAACUUGAACUGCCUGAAGAUGACAGUGCUGAGAUUUCAUCACACUCCCAGAAAUACCCUGGAGAUGUGUUGGAUCAUGGCUGCACUGAUCAUCUGCUUGCUUUCAUUCCAGCAGACAAAGCAGAUGCCUCCAAAACCCAGCCAGAAUGUUCCUCCCAGCCUGAUAACCCUGAUGAGGGAAUGGAUGAGCCACAUCUGGGUGCCUCUGGAAGCUCCAGCAGAAACAAAACCUGUCCUCAGGAGGUCACAAAACAGGGUAAGGAUGCAUCUGCCAGCUCUUCAUGCAGUGAUGAUAUUUAUUCACCUAAGAUCUAUGAACAGCAGAAACCUAAUUCUACAUCUAACAGAGUGUUAUGGGAAAUUAACUGUUCAUUUGUGGAUCAGAAUAGAGACCUAAUGGGUUUUCCACCAACAGUUUCUUUGAAACAUCGAGAUUUAGUCACUGACCAGCUUGGGAACACUGUUUCUUUCCUGCCUGACAGAGAUACUGCAAUUAACAAAUUGUUAGCAUGUCUGUCUCCCCAGAGGGGACUCUUUUCUUCUGCCUCCUCAAAAAAGCAAUUGUUUCAGGCUGAGAACUGCUCUUCCAGAGGAGAAGAUGAUGUAACCUCUAUUAGUGAUAAGGGUCUCCCUCCAGCUGCUGAGGAUGCCUUGUCGGAAAUCCUGUCUCCCGUGGAUGAAGUAUUGUCCUGUGGAAGUGCUGACUUGCCAUCCUCUAACAAAAAGGAUUUGUCAUUUCCAAGUGAAGAUCUUCCUCCUCCCUCUUUAGGUGCAGGUGCAACAAAAAAUGAUGAUCCUACCUCCAGCACAGAUGAUUUCCCAUCCCCACCAGAACAAAUGACAGGCUCAGAGACCAGUCAGGGUAUGGAUGAAGAUAUAUCACUGAAAAUGGAUGCAUUACCCCCAUUACCUGAUAACAUCAUGCCUCAAGAAUUUCCCCUGCCCAGUCAAGAGACAAUUGAUGCUUUUUCAACUCAGGCUGGUUGUCUCUCAGAACAAUCUUCACUUCAAGCCAUUUCCAGCCCAAAGGAGGACUUAUCAGAACAGCAACAAGGAGAACGUGAGGCACCUUUGCAGCAUUUGGAGCUCCAGCCUGUGUUAAACUCUGUUUCUUCUGGCCAGGCCAGUAAAAGUCCUGACUUAUUAAUGAAACAAUGUACAACACACUUAAUGCUGCCCAGCACUGAGGGGGACAGUGAUGACCCAUUGAGAUCAUUUGAAAUUGGGGACAGAGUGCUGGUAAAGCAGAGCCAGCCUGGAACUCUGAUGUUUAAAGGACAGACUCAUUUUGCCAGUGGCCACUGGGCUGGUGUUGCACUGGACAAAGCUGAAGGUGACAAUGCUGGAACUUACCAAGGGGUGAAGUAUUUUGAGUGUGCUCAGCACUGUGGUGUCUUUGUCAGGCCUGAGGAGAUCUCACACCUCUUGAGGGAUAACAAAAAGGGUUCCAGUUCCACUGGGGAUGAAGACUCCGACUCCUAUGAUGAUGAAUCCUUCCAAGGGGACUGCAGAUAUUCUGGAGGUGAUGAGCAGAGAGUGGGGGUUACAGAGGAGAAAGCAGAAGACACAAGAAGUGCAGGAGGUUCAGAAGUAAAAGAAAGCCAGUCCAGGUUACACUCUGCCUUGCUGUCUAGAAAAGAUCAAGAAUUCCCACAGUGCAACCAGUAUAAGUGUACUGAAUUUCUCUGUCAAAAGAACUUAAUGUGCUUGGGAUCAGAUAAGGAAAAAACAGAACUGGCACAAAUAAGACAAAGUAUAAUUGCAGCUGUGCUUCCAAAGAAGAGCAAGACCAAUAACACAGACGAGGUAAACACAAGCAAAAAUAUUUGUUGCUUGGUAGAGGAUCAGAAAAGAAUUAAACUUGUUGAUGAUGUUGCAAGUGAACUCGGUAAAAAACUUCUGUUUGACAUUUUAAUUGCGUUUUCUGAAACAGCUCAACACAAAUAUAAAAGUGCCUUUGAAAAGGACAUGAUGAAUUACAGUGAAGGCCUAAGGCAGGGAGACAAUCAGAAACUGUUUCUCCUCAAAGAAAAUUCAGCUGCUGUCUUAUCUGAACCAUCAGCAAAGGUUUCUGAUGUUUUCCUGGGUGAUUUUGAUACGCUUUGUAUUCAUGGUUGUCACACAGUAGCAGAAAGAAUUGUAACUAAAUUUAUAGAUGAUGCAGUUAAAGCAUAUAAGAAGAUUAAAAGAAAACAUGGAUCAAAAGCAGACAAGAUACUUCAUUUAUCUUCAGAGACUUCUCCAACCACUCUGCCAUUCCUCAAUAAAAUCCUUGAUGCUGGUGUUUUUGGAAGCUCUGAAGACUUUGUUCAGCCUUAUUCUGACCAACAUAUGCCGGUGAGACAAAGACAAAAGCAAUACUUGUACAAAGUAGACCAGUGGCACUCAGCUCCUUGGAAGAAAACUGUGGAAGUUCCUCUCGUGAUACCACACUACAGUUCUUAUGUUAGAAACCUGUCUGCAUGUGCUGUAGAAGAAUUAUGGACCCCAGAAAACAUAAAUUCCAAUUUCAGGAGCAUCAGUGUGCCAAAGUGCUCUGAAUGUAAUGAUCUCCCAGGGAAUGAUUUGGAAGCAGAAAGCAAGAGGAUGUAUAAUCAGGUUAUAUUUGAUUUGACCCGGGAGCUGUUACGUGCAGAAUAUCAAGUGACUGCAAAUCCAAACACUUUUCCAUGGAUGAAAACAAACGUGGGAUCUCGCUGUUCCAGGCAUCUGUGCAGCAGAACAGAUGUCAGUGAUGUCAAGACGUUUGUUCAGGGUGAAAUUAUUAAAAUAAUGAACCUGGAAAAGAAUGACUUAGAAAUGAAAAGAAAAUUCCUAAAUAUGACCAAGUAUGGAAACUGUAAGAGAGACAGACUGGACCUUAUUCUGAUCCAGGAGCUCCGUAAAGAAGAGUCUCAGUGGACUUAUUACGGUGAUGAUGAAUUAACAGUGAAGAUGAGGAUGACUGAAGGCAUAUUUAAUAGCUUGAUCCUUGAUACAAUCAGAGUUCUUAAUAAGAUUUAUCUGAGAAAAGCCUGUGAUUAGAAGUUUUUCCCUCAUGGGCCCUAAUGGAGUAAUUUUAAUCUCUGGGGUUUCUUUCUUUAUUUUUCAGUCAAGAAAUAAGUGAUUUAAGAACUUUAACUCUGAACUUGUACCCAAUACCAGUGUGGCCUUGGCCUAAUUUGUGCAUUCAUAUUUAUGAAAGGAUCAAGGAGAGACUCAUGCAGAUAGAAAAAUAUUACACAAAAUAAAUUCUCCUUGUGUUCUGUGCUUUGGGAAGGCUCAUUAAGAUCAAUGGUCUUCUCAGAUGUCACACAGAAUCCAAGGGGGGAAAUCUUAUUCUUUUUUUUUGUUGUUGUUGAAGACUGCACUUUAUCUGCUUUGAAAAGCACACUGUUUUAAAAUUGUAUACAAGUCUCUACAAACAGGUUUCAGAACCAAUUUGUGUGCAAAUGAUCUUACUUUAGUUAUCAUGCUCAGGUUGUGAACGAUGACAGGUGAAUCAUACUUUGAAAAUUGUGCUCAGAAAAUCAUUGGUGACUGUCUGAAGAAUGUAAAUGUGCAGAUGGAGUUAAAUGUCCCAGAUCCUGAGCUGCUGUGGGCCUCUGUAGUUUGGAAUAAACUCCUCUAACUGGAACAAGUCUAAAACUUUUCCUGAUGGGUACAGCAGAUUUAAAAGUGACUGUGCAUCAUUAUUUUUUUUUUAAUACACUGUGGAACUAGUUAAAAAUAACCUGGAGAAGGCUUUAGAGAUGUGGCAUAAGGAAGGGCAGGACCCAGAGCCAGAUACUCAUUUUAAAUGUCUAUAAUUUUAUGUAAAUGAGACAAAUACUGAUGUAAUGCACUUUAAAUGGGAGACUUUUUCUAUCAGUAACUUCAGUGUCUGUCAAUUAAAAAUGUGCAUGUGAUUUGGGUUAUUUAUCACAUGAGCCUGUUGCAUUCUUACAACAUCUCAGUGUAGGGUGCUGAGGAUGUACUUUAACUGGCAAAACAGAGGAAAUCAAUAAUCCUUUUGUAAUGGAAAAAGUGGAAAAACCAAGAUUUUAACAAGGAACUAUAAGCAUUCCCUGAGCAUGGUAAUUGGUUCACUAUGUAAAUUGCUGUCCCACCUAUUUUGCCUUAGUUGUUUUCAUGCUGAAUUGUUUCAUAUUGUAUUCUUUCCUGAAUAAACAAAAUAAACCAUAUGUAAAA